GCCUCCGGCCCUCCAUCCGCAUCCAUUCGUGCCACUGCUAACUCUUUCGGCGUGCACGAUUCUCUGCGCUACGGGACGCGUAGCCUCGUCACUGAAAUCAAUGCAACACACUCCCAUCAGAAACGGCUUGACAGCUGGGAAGAAACGCAAGACAACUUAAGAUUAAGCAUGCAUCGUAAUGUGUUUGGGAUGCACGCACCGAUGCGCCAGUUGAUGGAAAGAAAGAUUGUUUCGGCCAUCCCUCACAUGCCCACUAUUGCCCGUUCAAAUAUUCAUUUGGACAUUCUAAUGGGUCGCGAUGAGACGCUGGAUGUCAGCGACAUAUUUGGGAGU